AUGUUUGCCUUUUUCGUGCCCGACACAUUCCGCCGAGGGCGGCGGGAAUAUCUUGCGGUGCCACUUCUAACAGGGGAGGGCGAGAGCGAGAGCAGCAGUGAUGCAUAUGCCGAAAAGAGGAGCUCAAGCCUGGGGGAGCGGCCCUCAGUCGAUGAUACCCUCAUCCCCGAUAGUCCCACUGAAAGCCGUAUCCUCGACUUUGGCGACGAGAAGGUCUUUGAUCGGCGGUUGGCCCGCUGGGGAAUCCACCCAAAAGUAUGGGCGGCCCUGGCAAAAUUCCGCGUUUUGGCUCCAAGCUUCCUCGUCGACGACGAUGAGGAUAAGCCACCGGUACGGCUGCAUCCGAGCGCUUGGUUAGACGGUCUCCGCGGCACUGCAGCUUUCCUCGUGGUGUGGCACCACUCGUCGCUGGUGUACUUCAGUUGGCGAGUCCAUGAAGGCUACGGGUCCUCCCAGGGCACGGAAUGGUCGUAUCUCAUCCAGCUUCCCAUCAUUCGGCUCAUCAUCUCGGGCGCCCCGCAAGUCAAAAUCUUCUUCGCCAUCUCGGGCUAUGCCCUCUCAUACAAGCCCCUCAAGCUCGCCCGCGCCGGCAGGUUCAACGAAUGGGCCUCUGCCCUGAGCUCCUCCAUCUUUCGCCGCCACCCGCGUCUCUUCCUCCCCGCCGUCGCCAUUCUUUUCGUUGGCACCUUUGCCGGCUGGCUUCAGCUGUACGGCGGCACGGGUGCAACCGAAGGCGACAAGUGGAACGCCCACGUUGCCAUCCCCGUCCGCGCUCCUCCCUACAAGGAGGCAUUUGGCGAGCACUUCGCCGACUGGGCUCGCACGGUCCUGUCAAUCACCAACCCGCUCGCCACGGAUCAACGCCGCGGCGCCACCCCUUACGACUGGAACCUGUGGACGCUGCCCAUGGAGUUUGACUGCUCACUGGUUGUCUUCCUCUGUCUGGCCGCCUUUGCCCGCCUGCGGUCCAUCCUCAGGCUGUUCCUCACGGCCGCCGUGGCCACCUACGCCAUAUGGUUCACGCACUGGGGCCCGUUCCUGUUCAUAGCGGGCAUGUUCAUCUGCGACUUGCACUUUGAGCUGGAGGACGCAGGAAGCGACACGGUCGCUACGUUGCUCCCGUCCGUCACGCAGCCGGCCCGCGCCUUCAACCACGGGACCGGCUUUUGCGCCCGGUGGAGGCGGACGUUGAAUCGCCUUCGCGCCCGCGCAAUAUCAACACUGCCCAGAAGCGUGUCGUUGCCGAGCGCACGGGUCGUCGCCUCGUUGCCGUUCACCAAGACGCUGUGGGUUGCGUCGCUGCUGACGUCGUUAUGGCUGCUGUCGGUGCCCGAGAACAACCGGGGCGGGAAGACGAGCCCCUUUUACAUGGUGCUGACGUCACACAUCCCGGCCAACUAUGGACCGGACGACGAGAACCACUGGUGGCUGUCGCUGGGCGCGGUGCUGCUCGUCUUCACCAUAGACCGGGCGGGUCCGUUCCUGCAGCGCGCCUUCACGAGCCGCGCCGCGCAGUACCUCGGCAAGAUAUCCUACGCACUGUAUUUGGUCCACGGCCCGAUCGUCUUUUCGCUCGGUUGGCACCUGGGACGGUGGUGCACGGCGCUGACGGGUAGGGAGACUACGGCCGGGUGGGGCGCAGGGAUCGUGCUGGCGUACAUGGGCUUAUGGCCGGUGCUGUUUUGGGUCGCCGACAUUGCGUCGAGGUUGGUUGAUGUCAAGAGCGUCGAAUUCAGCAAGUGGUCGUAUGAUAGAAUGGUGAAAAAGGUGGUCUAG